AUGUCGACGAAGCCGAAAGCGGGAAUUCGUGCGCUAGUCGGGGAGCACCGCUAUUACUCAUGUGAUCCUUGUGCCGCACUUUUCAUUCUCCGAUCACCCGAGACAUAUGCCAUCACAGGAAGGAUUCUCUUCCUCUUUGAGAAUGAGGAUUUGGCUCCAACGAAUUGUAUCAUGGACUAUGGCUUUGAUCAAAUAUUUUCCAAGCAGUCUACUUAUGUCUUGGACGAGUAUAAGACCUCGAGUAAUCGAUUCCUUCGAUGGACUGACGGAUCUUUUGGAUCAUACCAACGAGAAAACAUCGACCUUGCACGAUUCUUCACGCAAAGAGGUCAUGACGACACCGAGGGCUCGAAUGAUUCCAGUCUUGAGGUUAAUAUGUUGCCACCUGUAUAG